UCUCAGGGCCUUGUUUUCUCUACAUUGGGGCAUCAACUUACUAGAUGAAAAGGUUAAAACUUGGAUGUACAUUCCAAUUUUUUUCUCUACAUGCUUGUAACUUGCUUAGGGUAUUGCUUUGGGUAUUACAUUUUCUAAUAUAUGUUGCUCUACAUUUUUAUGUCGCCUUUAAUAUUGGCAAUUUUUAGAGAUUACAUUAUGGGAGGGCAUAAUCCAAGUAUCGAAAUUGAGAAGUAUGAUUGGUCAAAAACAAAUGUUGCCAUGUUUGUCGAUAUCAUUUAUGAAAAAGUGAAGCACAAUAAGCUACAAACAUCUACCUUCACUAAUACGGUUUGGGAGGAGAUCAACAAAGAAUUAUAUCAGGUUACGAACAAGAAUUAUGGUGUAGAAAGGCUCAAAGGUAAAUGGAAUCGUCUACGCACAAGACAACGCCUUUUUGCAGCAUUGCUUGCACAUACUGGUGUGACAAUGGAUCCUGACACCAAUAAAGUGAAUGCUCCAGAGGAAGUGUGGGCAGAAUUUUAUCUGAAAAAUAAAAAGGAGUAUAAGUCAAUACGAAAGGAAGGAUGUGAUCAUUUUCACAUUCUUAGUGAAAUUUUCGGCGGGACAACUGCAACUGGUGAUAUGCAUAGAGCUUCUACUCAAUUACCUCCCACAUCUGAUGAAGAGAGAGAGCUCGAAGAAGCAUUUAUUAACAGAGGUGUCAGCUCAUAUGUUGAAGUUGUCGAUGAUGAGAAUGAGGACGUUGGAGGGGAACCUAACAAUCGCCGACGUCGUAGUACAGAAUCAACUGAGAGUCAUCGACGUAAAGAUCCUAAGCGUUCAAAAACUGAAAAAUAUGAUGCUUAUAUGGACAAGUGGAGUGAUACCUUGCAACACCUGAGUCAAGAAUCUAUUGCUAGGCAAAAAUACCUGGAUUUGAGGGCUGCUAAGUUAGAACGCGAACAAGAAAUUUCUUCCUCUACUGGAACGAGCGGGUUCAGUGAUCCUUACUCUAUAGAUAUGUGCAUGCAGAUCAUGUCAAACUCUGAUGAUGAAUCUGAUGACUAUGAUGAAUUAGGCCCAGAUAUCAAUUUGCUUCUUAUUUUGAGCCAUGCAAAUGAUUUUUUUCAUGAAAUGACUCAGUUUCAUAGAUCUAUUGAUCGGAUGCCUUGUCGAACGUCAUCCCUUACUGGGAGGAUGUAUAUUCAAGAAAUACUUGAUGGGCACCCUCAAAAUUGUCUUGGAGCUAUUGAUGGAACUCACGUAUCGGCAUGGGCACCGACAUCAAUUCAAACAUCUUUUCGUGGUAGAAAGGUUAUUGUCACACAAAAUGUGAUGCUUGUAUGCGAUUUCGAUAUGCUUUUUACAUUUGUGUAUACGGGCUGGGAGGGGACAGCAAAUGAUUCAAGGGUGUUCAUAGACGCUUUGACUAGGCAUGAAAAUCAUUUUCCUAAACCUUGCGGUGAUCAAUUUUAUUUGGUUGAUUCUGGUUACCCAAAUAUGCCGGGGUUUCUUGCUCCGUAUCGAGGUCAACGCUAUCACUUGAGAGAUUAUCGACGACAAGGCAGACCAAGGGGGAAGGAAGAGUUGUUCAAUUAUAGGCAUAGCACAUGUCGUAAUAUUAUUGAGCGAUGCAUUGGGGUGCUUAAGGCAAGGUUUCGAAUUUUAAAGGAUAUGCCAAACUAUCCAAUUACUAGCCAAAGAUUAAUUCCACUUGCAUGUUGUGCGGUGCAUAAUUUCAUACGUCGGCAUCAUGCAAUGGAUAAUUUAUUUAUAGAGUAUUCAUCUGAAGAUAUGCUCAUGUCUGGAGUUGAAGAUAGUUUUGGUGAUCAAGAGCCGAUUCCAAUUGAUCCAAGCCAAACAGCUCAGAUGGGACACAUACGUGAUGACAUUGCAAGCCAUAUGUGGAAUGAUUAUGUGGAGCAUCAUCCUUCCCCUCCUCCUCUAGUCAUUAAGGUAACAAGCAGUCUUGUUGAAAUGAUUCAACUUGUGACGUCUUAUUUCAGAGGUAUUGAUCUAACUGAGGCAUUGCGGCUCCAGAUGGAAGUUCAGAAACGCCUUCAUGAACAACUACAGCAACAGCUAAUGCAAGUCAGAAUUGAUUUUCAACAGAUUCAGAGAAAUCUACAACUCAGAAUUGAGGAGCAAGGGAAGUACCUGCAAGUGAUGUUUGAGCAGCAAUGCAAGUCAACCAUGAACAAAUUCAACACUCUUUCCACUGCAUAA